GAGGGUUUACAUGCCUCCUCGAGCAAUAUGGCCCCUCUAUAACGGCUGAUAAGACUUUUCUUAUUGAAUAGUACACCUAGAUACACUGACCAUGGAAUAACAGGGGUGUUGAAGAUAAACAGUGAUGAAUCGGAGAUAUGACUAUGGCAUUCGGUAGCCGGUUCCGACAACGCGUUGGUCGGAAUAUUUGAUGAAAGAUGGUCCCCUCAUAGCCUUGAUGAGGCUAUAUUUCUUACAAUAUUCCACGAAUUCAUUAGGUACCUAGGGGCUGAGAUAUUCCGCACCUCAUACAUCAAUAGUUAUGGGUGGGAAUGACGGCAUCGAGGCUGCUGCGGCUCCUCGCGAUAGCACUGUCGAUGUAGAGGUAGCAACGAAGGGAGAGGUUGCCGAUGAGGGUAUCGAACUCUUCGAUGAAGCCGGUCCCCAGCCCAUCUCCCAAGAAGCGAAGGAUGCGGUCAGGAGAAAGAUAGAUCUUCACCUCCUUCCCUUGAUGUGCGCCCUCUAUGGACUCAACUACGUCGACAAGGUCGCCUUAGGUUGGGCUGUCCUGUUCAACUUCCGUCAAGAUCUUGGGUUGGUUGGAACAGAGUAUUCGUGGGCUAGUUCGAUGUUCUACUUCGGUUACCUGAUUGCGCAGUACCCUGCGAAUUAUAUCCUUCAGCGAUGUAGAACGGCAAGAGUCCUCAGCUUAUCCGUCAUAUCCUGGGGAGUCUUGAUGAUCGCUCAUCUUGGAUUGCGCAAUUUUGCUGGGUUGAUGGUCAUCCGCUUUCUUCUUGGUGUCGCGGAGAGUGUUGUCACUCCUGGCUUCGUGCUCUACACAUCUAUGUUCUACACUAGACGCGAGCAGGUAAUGAGAACCAUGCUCUGGGCAGCGAUGCAGGGAGCCUUUUCUAUCAUCUCUAGCUUAUUAUCAUAUGGACUCGGCCAUAUCACGAAUACGGCGCUAAAGCCAUGGAUGUAUAUCUUUUUGGUCCUCGGUCUCCUCAGCUUAAUCGUUGGCUUUGCUUGGCUGUUCUUCAUGCCCGAGACUCCGAACAAGGCCAGGUUCCUCACGCACGAAGAACAGAUCAUCGCUGUCCAGAGAGUCGCGGAGAACAUGAUGGGGAUCAAGGGAUACCAGUGGAAGAAUUAUCAAAUGUGGCAUGCAGUUAAGGAUGUGAAGACCUGGCUCCUCCUUGUAUUUGUCCUUUUCAUACAGUUGCCAAAUGGCGGAUUGACAAGUUUCGGCUCAUUGGUAAUCUCUGGAUUUGGGUUCGAUUCUUUCAAGACAUUGCUCAUUGGUCUUCCAUCAUCCGUCGUCAGUGCUGGGAGCAUGGUAGUUUGGGGUUUCUUAUCAAUCAAAUAUGGCAACCUACGAACCUUGGGAAUGAUAGUCCCACUUUUACCUGCCAUUGCAGGCAUCGCCGCAGUUUAUGGUACAAUAGGCACUGGUGCCAAUAAAUAUGGCAGAGUCGUCGCCUACUGGCUGAUCAACUCAUAUGCUGUCACGUGGCCUUUUUGUCUUACGAUCGUCGGUCAGAAUAUCGCAGGUCACACAAAGCGGGCGUUUACAAACACGCUCCUUUUCGUCGUAUUCGCCGCUGGGAAUAUUGCAGGGCCCUUCUUCUUCCGCGACCAAGAUUCCCCGAAGUACGUGCUAGCUAUCACAACAAUCCUUGUGUUCUUUUGCGCGGCGUUAAUCUGUGCCAUUGCGCUUCGCUACUACAUGGUCAUGGAGAACAAGAAAAGAGACCGCCAAUUCGGGGCGCUUGAGACAACUCAAGAAAAGCUAGACGGAAUGAGACUAGGCAUGCAUGAUAAGACUGAUCUUGAAAAUCCGGACUUUAGAUAUGUUCUAUAAUAUGUCCAGAUGGCUAGUCGACUAGAAUUCAAUUGAACCCAAUCAUCCGUAAAGGCA